AUAAAAACGAGUGUUAUCUUUGAAUUCACGACAAGCACAGUCAAAAUGGCGUCGUCUGACAAUGAUUCUGUGCCUCAUAUUUCCGACAUGGAUUCGCCGGGUAGUUCUGUUUCUUCUGCUUUGCAAAGAGAGUAUGAAGAGCUACUAAAGUAUGCUGUUGUAACACCGAAAAUCCAAGUGUGUCCCACCGUUUAUGAGCAGAGUGUUACAACGAAAGAUGAUGUGACCGCUUCUACUGAAACAGACAGCAACAGCUCCUCGUCGACGUCAAGCAGCACUUCUGUCUCUACUCGAAGUUCUAAGUCAGAAGAAGUGUCUCACACGGCAGCUAAAGAAGAUGUUAAACAGCUGCCCAGUACUCCAUCGCUUAGAGUUUCCUUUCAGGGGCAGGGCUCUAUAGCAAGGGAUUCUCUGUUACGAGACGGUAAAUUAAUACUAACAGCUAAAAUUAAGGACGCACACCCAUAUAAAGGGCAACAGAAAAGAUUCUUUCAAUUUCAAAUUUAUUUUUGAAAUAAAUGCGAUUUUAAAAAAUGUUCGGUAAAAGAGGUUAACAGCUCAUCCUCGGUGUAAAAACCUGUGAAACUCCCGAGUGAUGUAAAACAAAAAAUACAAGGAAGCUACUGAUAAGUCAACAUAAUGGAGCACAGGCGGCCCAAACUCAUUACAUGAACGCGGACGUGACUCUUGCUUGCGAGCGGUGUUGUGUUACAAACGGUUAAUUACAAAGGCUUGUAUGGGAUCUAUCGGUUUUUCUUAAAAGAGAUAAAAAAUGUUAUAUUUUUAAAUAAAAUCAACGUAACUUAUUGCCUUGUUGUAUUCUUUGUUGUUUGCCCACGUCUUAGGCCGUUUUGAAGCGUUUUCGGCGAGUUAGCGCUAUUUUGGUGUUCCACUGCUUAGCAGUGGAACACCAAAAUAGCGCUAACUCGCUGAAAACGCUUCAAAACGGCCUGAGACGCGGGCAAACAACAAAGAAUACAACAAGGCAAUAAGGUACGUCGAUUUUAUUUAAAAACAUAACAUUUUUUAUCUCUUUUAAGAAAAACCGAUCUAUCCCAUACAAGCCUUUGUAAAUAACCGUUUGUAACACAACACCGCUCGCAAGCAAGAGUCACGUCCGCGUUCAUGUAAUGAGUUUGGGCCGCCUGUGAAUGGAGCAAAGGAAAAUAAUACCUAGAAAACAAAGCAAACUUUCACAGGUUUUACACCGAGGUAAACCUGAGGUUUCAUUUGAAGGGCAGCAUCAUGCACUGGGUGUCGUCCACAGAUUACAGUGUGACUAUUGUAACUAGGGCCACUUUGACAUAGUUGACCAAUCAUAUUACAGGAAAAUAACAAUACAUUACAAGAAAGUUGUUCGUAAGCCAAUCAACAGCUCGUAAGUAAACAAUAAGUUACUCGAAGCACAGGUUUAAGUACAUGUAAAAACAGCAAAUGUUUUUCAAGAAAGCAAAAUGUUUCACCAGACGAUCUUUUUCUAAUCGAAACUUUACAAAUAACACCCCAGAGACAUAAUUGUUUGACACAAGCCGUUAUUUUUUUUCGUCUACCAGCAAUUUCUUCGCUACCAUCGCUGUGCUUGGCGAUAACAUAUGACCUCAAGUCAAAAAUAUAACUAUCAUUUGCGUUCUUCGCAUCUGUCUUUCAUUCUAUCGGACCACUCAGCAAACACAGGCUUUCUUUAGCUUGUUCAUAAGGUCACAUCUGUAGGUUGUGACUGGUUGAAUUCAAUCCGUGGUGUUUGUUCCGUUUCAUGGUAAUUAUGAUUGACUACUAACUUUCUUGGAAUGUAUUGUUACUUUCCUGUAAUCCACCAGUCAACUUUGUCUUCGUGGCCCCGGUUUAUAUUCACACUGUUAUAAAAAUGUGUCCAAUAAUAUCACGAUAAGGAGUGAAUGGGUAUGGUCUACAUUAAUUUAUUAUCUUGUGAAUGGGAAAAAAAUGUAAGCUUUUGUUUUGCCAUUUUCCCUUUCUUUUGUCUUUCUUUUCCAAAAUGAAUUCAAUUUUUUGACGGCAUAUUAUACAAUGUAAAUGGGUGUGCACUAUACCAGGGUAAAUACCUGCAUAUUGUCAUAUCAAAUAGUUUACAUGGACCAUUCCAUAUUUACAUAUCCACAGUCCCCUAGCUUUGAAUUAGAUUUUCUGACGCAAGGAGUAGGUGUCAAAAGUCUUUUCUGAGGAGGUUGUGUAUGCACCUUUAAUACAUACUGUAUGGAAUAUUUUUGAGGUGGGGUACUUUUUUUUCCUUAGGGGAAAAAGUCAACUUACCUCAACCAUAGGACUGCUGGGUUGGGGUGGGGGGCUUUCGAUGGAUCCAUACACAGUAUAGCAAAGAGGAGUGGAUGUGGAUUACCCUGUAAAAAAAAAAUGAUCGAAAUGUUUGUUUGUCUAACUUGUACAAUGCUAGAAUCAAGUUCCACAAUAACUGCAGCUAAGACUCCAGACGUUGAAGAGAAGUCUUUAUCAUCCCUUUCACCUGAGGAAUCCCCAGGCACUCCUCCUGCACCAGCUUCACCUGUAAUAGAUGCUGACCUAGCAAGAAUGGAAGCUUUACUUGAUAACUGGUGCUUGGAUCUAAAGAGAAAUGUUUUGGUUAGCUAAGCUUAUUAGGACAGUGUAUUUAUUUGUUUAUUUAUUAUUUUUAUCUUUGCCAAUGGAGGAGUUAAAAUUAUUUAAAAAAAGGUUGCCAAAUGAGAAAAAGUGCUGUAAUUAAAAUUAAUAGUAAGAAAACCAGUCCCAAGAUGGAACCUUAACACCCUCCUCAAUCUAAGUUAAUUAACCAAGAACAGUUUUUCUGAGAAGUGCACUAUUAUGCAAGCCGCUUAGUAACCCCAAAUCUUCUAUGACUCCCCCCUUGUUUUUGUGGAAGUAACCUUUUUUGGACUUUUUUUUUCCACAACCUAUCAGAAGCCCUAAAUAUUGUAAUCUGUUCAAAGUGUACACUGUAUUUAAUAGAACAAUGUCAAUAUAGUGACAGUUAAACCCCCUUUAAGUGGCCAUUCCUGACGUUCGGGGAGUGGCUGCUUAAUGGAGGGUGGCCACUCAAUCAGGGUUCAUCAUGAACCGGGUGCCAAACUUAAUAUGUCAAGUGCUUGAUGGCUGCUUAAUAGAGGUGACACUUUAACAUAGACAGUGAAAACUGGCCGUCCAGAAGGCAUGUUUUCCCAUAAAACUAUAAGAGAUUAAGUGUAUUUUCCUUGUAUUUCUUCCGAAAAUGGGCGUCCAUAGGGCAGCUGGACACCCUUCUGGCUAAAACAGGGUGCACUGAAUGGGAAAACUCUCAUUGGGAGAGAGGCAGCUCCUUUAUAGACUGAGGUUUAGCUUCCAUAUCUUUUGUACAAUCGGCCAUUUGCACAAUGGCGUCAUUUUACUACUACGACCAGAAUCCUUUGGGUUUUUCCUUUCUUGUGCAAAUUAUACACCUUUGUUAUUUCAACCUCGCUGGGAUUACCAAAUUUAAAUGUGAAUGGAAAAAUGAAGAAGAUUCUGGUUGUAGUAGUAAAAUGAUGCCAUUGUACAAAUGGCCUUUUAUUUCAGGACUUUGAUUUCUGGCCUUUUAAAUAAUGGAGGGUCAAAUGUACAUGAAUAUAUAUUUUUCCUCAAGGCUCUUGGGCUUGAGAGGAAUAAAACAAUAGAAAAUAAUGGAUUGUUGUCCCUGAGCCUCAAAGUGAUAUCUUUUGUGUUCAUCCCGUAGCCCUCUGACCCAAGUGUGAAAUUUGAUAUCAAAAUUGUUAGAACUUUUUGUGUGUGUGUAUCACGUAAACCUGUAAAUGUGAAUUGCCAUUAUAGGCGGCCAAUCUCCCUAUCCAAAGAAGAAAUGUCACUCUGGUUUUUCCUCUUUCUUGCUACCUGCACUGUGUUUUUCUACUAACAGUAAAAAAAAGGUUAAACAACCCCCAAACCAGUAUCAACAAAUCUGGAAUUAGACUACUGUCCAUAUACAGUGUACAUUUAUAAAGUAGUUUGAAUUUAUUAUAUUAUGCGGUACAUGGCCAUCAUUUAUUCAUAGGUAUUGUUUCUUUACAACACAGGCUGAAUUUGCUCAAUGUAAGAUGGGUCUUUUUGAAAAACAAAAGCAGCUUUUGAUGCAGGAGAAGAGAAGGUACUGUACGUUGUUUUAA